CGCUACAAGUAUCGCCGCUCUCCGCUCCCUCCGAGCGCGAGGGUCGUCAUUGACAUCCCAUCUGUUCCUCUCUUCCUUCUCCAGCAGCGAUGACGACGGCCAACGGGACGAAGUCGCCCUCGACGUCCCAGCCCCUGUUGCCUCAGGCUGCACAAUCCCUCGUUGAUUCCGUCGAUGCGUUCCUCUUCGAUUGCGACGGGGUCAUCUGGAGGGGCGACAAGCUCAUCGAAGGUGUUCCGCACGCCUUGCAAGCCCUCCGAUCAUUGGGGAAGAAGCUGGUCUUUGUGACGAAUAACUCCACGAAAUCUCGGAAGCAAUACGAGAGGAAGUUCACAUCUCUCGGGCUUGAUGUCAGCGAGGAAGAAAUUUUUUCAUCAUCGUUUGCUGCUGCCAUGUUUCUGAAACUGAGAAACUUCCCUAGGGAGAAAAAGGUCUAUGUUAUAGGCGAAGAAGGCAUACUAGAAGAACUCAAGCAGGCUGGAUUUUCAUGUUUAGGUGGUCCUGAGGAUGGCAAGAAGAAAGUAGAGCUGAAGACAAACUUCUGGUUUGAACAUGAUAAGAGUGUUGGAGCAGUUGUUGUUGGGCUUGAUCAAUAUAUUAACUAUUAUAAGCUCCAGUAUGCAACUCUUUGUAUCUGUGAGAACCCUGGAUGCCUUUUUAUUGCCACCAACCGUGAUGCUGUUGGUCAUAUGACAGACUUGCAAGAAUGGCCAGGUGCAGGAUGCAUGGUUGCAGCAGUAUGUGGAUCAACACAGAAGGAACCUAUUGUAGUUGGAAAACCAUCAACCUUCCUGAUGGAUUUCUUGUUAGAAAGGUUCCAAAUUGAUACGACGCGUAUGUGCAUGGUAGGUGAUAGACUGGAUACUGAUAUACUCUUUGGCAAAAAUGCGGGCUGUAAGACUCUUCUUGUUCUCUCAGGUGUGACUAGCAUGUUAGAUCUUCAGGAUCCUUCAAAUGAAAUCCAUCCAGAUUAUUAUGCAAGUAGCGUCUCUGACAUUGUUGAUCUAUCCAAUUCUCUCACUAAGGGACAGUGAGAUUCCGGAAAUGUAACCUGUAAGAUGCUUUUCUUACACAUUUUAAUCUAUUUAUGGAGAAUGCCAUGCAGACAUCUUCAUAGUUAUUCUGCCCAGAGAAAAGUGAGAAUAAGAGGAACAGAGGAGGGUUGGAAUCCUUCUUGGACCUUUUUGACUUGGGACAUUUUGCAUAUUUGCAGAAACAAUAUGCUACAUUCUGAAAUCAAGAAAAUGGUAUUAGAGACUAAGUAUUGGAAACUAUAUGAACUUA